AUGGUCAAUGAGUUGGAGUGGAGUGUUAUGGUGUUGGAGAGUAAAAGGGAAUUGUAUGAUGCUGAUGCUUAUAUAGGGUGUGGUGGAGUUGUGGGGGAAGUGCACGUUGGUCUUGUGAGUGCGGUGGGGGUUGUGUUGUUUGAGAAAGAAGAC